UGUUUCACGUUUCCUUCACCCUGCUUCUAUUUUUUUAAAUCUUGAACCUUUUAUGUUUUUGUAAUUUUAUAAUAUGUCAAAAUUUCACAUUGAAAGACAGUAUGAAAGGGGGGGUGGGGUGUGGGUGACUACAUGUCCAAAGCAGGGGCGGAUUGACCAUUGGGGAACUCGGGCACUGCCCGAGGGCCCGGGGUCAAUAGGGGGCCCCAUGAGAUGCCCCUGGUACCUUUCAUAGGCUCUCUUGGGUGUGGUUUGAGUGUGGAUGAGGACACAGGGGCCCCAUGAUCCCCUAUUGCCCAGGGGCCCCAU